UGUGUGCAGAGGUUUUGGAGGUUCGGGUCAUGUUGCCCCUCCUAACGCACUGUGAUGCUGCAGCCUGCAGGCAGAGUGUGAUCAGCCGCUGCAGCCCGGCGCCUCCGAUCAGCUCCUGCAAACCUCCACAAAGACAAACUCCGGAUUUCACGCUGCGUCAUUCGUCUUUUCGGGGCUUUAAAGGGAGUAAACGCGUGCGCUCCUGUCGCUCCGGGUGUUGCCAGUGUCUGGUCUCUGCAGGAAGAUGAAGCUUGAAACUCUAGUGAAACUUCUCCUUGUGUUUUUCCUUCCUCACGCAAUGCGCGCUCAGACAGCGCUCCCUCCUGAAUGUGCACCGGGGGGCCACUCCAUCCUCCAGAACCCCUACCGCAGCGCCACCUUCAGCUCCAGCUGGCUGCAGCAGUCGGCCCUGCAGGACUUCAUCUGCGACCACUCCCUCACUCCGGGCUGGUACCAGUUUCAGAUCUUUGACAAGCCGGCCAGCAUGCCCACUCAGUGUGUGGAGGUGAACCACUGUGGGACCCAGGCCCCGGUGUGGCUGUCCCUGCGUGAAGGCGAAUCCUUGCCUGGACCGCUGGAGCUCCGGCAGCUGACGGCCUGCGCUGCCUGGCAGUUCUUCCCGAGCAGCAGCAAAGACUGCUGCUUGUUCCGCAUCCCGGUGACCGUGCGUAACUGUGGAGACUUCUACGUUUACCUGCUGCAGCCCACACAGGGAUGCAUGGGAUACUGCGCUCAAGAAAUGUCAGAGACUUUACCCACGACGUCGCUGACCUGUGGCCCUGACGAGGUGAACGUCGAUGGAACAUGUAAACCCGAGCAGCCUCCCUCUCCCUCGGUGCCGGUGAUAGUGUCGGAGGUCACCGGUAACACUGUUUACCUCAAGUGCAGCUUCGACAUCAGCCCCGGAGGCUCCAGCAGCUCCGGCAGCUCCCUGGGCUUCGUGGUGGCCUGGUCCCGUCUGUCACCUGAGGGACGGAAGGACGAGCUGAAGCAGGAGACCACCAUCCAGACCUCGGCCUUCAUCGAGCUGGACGGUUUCAACCUCCGCCUGGGGGACAAGAUUUACUGCUCCUGUUCCAGUUUCUUCUUGGAGUCCCCAGACGUCCGCGGUGCUUCAGUGGAAAGUCAGGAGUUUUUUGCUGGGAUUAGG